AUGGCGAACAAAACGAGCGCCUACUUGGCCUUCCUCGACAACUCCGCAACAGACAUGCUCGGCCGUGCGAAGAAGAUCCCAGGCCUCGCCGCCCUCCCCAGCUUCAUCCCUCACCGAGUACGCCGCAAAUGGAGAGCCACACGCUCGCGGAUCCGCAGCAGACGGUCGCCCGCCUCCUCCGUCUCCUCACUCGAGACGUCGUUUUCGCCAAAGGACACGCUGCGCUCGCUGCAAGCCCAUCGCUGGUCCAUAUACGACGCUCAGUAUCUGUUCCUCGCCAUCGUGGCCAUCUUUGCCCUCUCCGUGUCCGAGUCCCCCGGCCCGUUUGCGAAGACGUUUGCGGCGGCCAUGCUCAUGGCUGGUCUGGUGUUGCCCAUAACGAGGCAGUUUCUGCUCCCGUUCCUGCCGGCGUUGACGUGGUUACUCCUCUUCUCUAGUUGCAAGUAUGUGUUUUCUUCCACCGCCUUGCGGCACAGCCUUGUAAGCGCCGUCUGGCCUGGCGCUCUGCUGUUGCAGUGCCGCCGAUCAUAUGUCCCAGCAGACUACCGCCCUGCGAUAUGGGUCCGUGUCCUCCCCACGCUAGAGAACAUCCUCUAUGGUGCCAAUUUGAGUAACAUACUCUCUGCGAAAAAGCACGUCGUGCUGGAUCUGCUUGCCUGGUUACCCUACGGAGUUAUCCAUUAUGUAUCUCCCAUUAUGGUUUCGGCUGCUAUGUUUAUCUGGGGUCCCCCCGGAACUCUACCCGUUUUCGCACGCGCGUUCGGAUACAUGAACAUUACUGCCGUCCUCAUCCAACUUGUUUUUCCGUGCUCGCCGCCCUGGUACGAGAAUACCUACGGCCUUGCGCCCGCCAACUACUCGAUCCAAGGAGAUGCUGCCGGCCUGAAGGCUAUCGACAAGCUCUUUGGUGUGGACAUGUUCACAUCCGCUUUCAAGGCGUCUCCGAUGGUCUUUGGAGCUUUCCCUUCCCUUCAUGCUGGCUGGGCGACGCUUGAGACGCUCUUCAUCGGCCAUGUCUUCCCUCGCCUCUUCCCGCUCUAUUGCGGCUACACACUGCUGCUGUGGUGGUCGACAAUGUACUUCUCGCACCAUUACGCGGUCGACCUCGUCGCCGGAAGCCUCCUCGCCGGCGUCGAUUUUAUGUGGGCUCGUGCCUCCUUCCUCCCCCGCGUCCAACCCGACAAGGAAUUCCGCUGGGACUACGACUAUGUCGAAAUCGGCGACCCGCACGACGCAUCCAACUUGGGCAUGCUGGAUAUCUACGAGGAGUUCCACCCGCUCUCAGACUCGGAUGAUUGGGCCAGCGGCUCCAGCAGUAGUUACUCGACGGGAAAUCGCAGCCCGACGUUCCCCGAGGGGAGGAGUCCGGUGGAUACGGCUGAUGAGAGGAGUAGUUGGGAUGGGGAGACGGUGGGGAGUGAUACUGAGUUGAGAUAA